AUGGCGUUUGAGUACACCGAACAGCUCCUGACCCCGGAGAACAGUCGCUCCGAGACAUCCAGCAACAACGAAAACGCGUCGACUGAAGAAAAACCCACCCUCCGCCGGAGAUCUACACGUGUAGCACGCGCCUCGUUACAGAAAGCCGCCGACCUCCGCAGCGGCCUCGACACAGACACGCCGGAGACGUUGUCCCCGGCAGUUGAGAAUGCCCUUCCUGUCACAGAUGAGGUCCUCGCCGUCGCCGGCAAGAAAACGCACGCCGGUGCCGUAGCCGCCGCCUCCGUCUCCUCAUCCCACCUCCGACACAGCAUCGCGGUCAUGGAGUCGUCGCUAUGGAGCGAGACUCACCUCGCGCUUGACACAGCCGAGCCAGAAGACCACCCAAUGGCUCCCGAUACCCCCGUCUCGAAGUCAUCGCAGGAGUCGCCCUCGGAAGCAAACCCGCCCUUGCAACAGCGCACGCUGAGGAAGCGUGUAGAGCGAGUAUUCAGCAAAGAGGGCUUCAAUGGCAGGGAGAAGUCCUCCGGUCCGACAGACACGCGAAAGGACGCGCCUUUGCGGCGCUCGUCACGCGUGAGCCUCCUGCAGAAGGCCUCGGAUUUCGUCGGCCGUGCGCAGAGCGUUCUGGGUAAACGCUCCCGUGGCGCAGUGGAGAAGGGGAAGGAUGACAGUCGACGUGCAAGUCUGCGGCCUCGUCCUGCUCCCGUCAAGGAGGAAACGCAGGCUCCAAAUAAUGAGCCCGCGACAAAGAGAAGACGCGUCUCUGAAAGCGACCUGGCCGCGAAGAUCAAAGAAAACGAGGAGAAGCGGGAUGAAUCAACUACGCCGGCCCCUGUCACGCGGUAUCGGCCGAAGCGCUGGUUAGCUCAUGGUCUGUACGCGGGCCAGGAACCCGUGAGCGCGCGGCCCCUGCAGAACAAGAAUAACAAGACAUCCAAGAGAAGAAGCAUCAGUGGUGCGCGACGGAAGCUUCUCCCGCUCCCUAUGUUUGCAGGGGAUCGUCUUCUCCGACAGGGCAGGGAUUUUAAGCUGCCCUUUGACAUCUUCUCGCCGCUGCCUCCUGGCCAGCCCAAGCCCAACGAAUGGAGAAAGACCAACAAGAACGUCUUUGUUGGAGAGGCUGGCAGCAUCUGGAGAGCAAACAAGGACCUGGAACUGUCCAAGUGUAUGUGCACGGAGGAGACCGGCUGUGACGAGAACUGUCAGAAUCGUUAUAUGUUCUACGAAUGUGACGACGGCAACUGCAGCUUGGGCCCGGGGUGCGGCAACCGCAACUUCAACGAGCUUAAGCAGAGAACCAAGGCUGGCGGGAAGUACAACAUCGGCGUCGAAGUCAUCAAGACGGCGGAUCGUGGGUAUGGUGUCCGCAGCAAUCGCACGUUCGACCCCAACCAGAUCAUUGUGGAGUAUACGGGCGAGAUCAUCACUCAGUCAGAGUGUGAGAAACGGAUGCGGACGAUUUACAAGAAUAAUGAGUGCUACUACUUGAUGUACUUUGAUCAAAAUAUGAUUAUCGAUGCCACGCGUGGCUCCAUUGCACGCUUCGUGAACCACUCCUGUGAGCCUAACUGCCGCAUGGAGAAGUGGACGGUUGCCGGUAAACCGCGCAUGGCUCUCUUUGCUGGUGACCGGGGGGUUAUGACCGGGGAAGAGUUGACUUAUGACUACAACUUUGAUCCCUACUCGCAGAAGAAUGUUCAACAAUGUCGCUGUGGCUCGGCCAACUGCCGUGGAGUGCUGGGCCCCCGGCCUAAGGAAAAGGAACGUGCAAAGGAACUUCGAGCCGAAGCUAAGAAGGCCGCCUCUGCGAAGAAAACGAGUCGAAAAUCCUCUAGCACUAGACGAAGGAUCGGGGCUGUCCUUGAUGGCCCUACGUCCCGCAUUACCAAGACUCGCAAGCGUGUUACGUCUCGGUCUAUCAAGUCUGGUGUUAAGAAGGCCAUUUCGCGGGUACGUGGAGCCGCGAAAGCCACGACCUCACGGCGAACUACUGCCCAGAAGGCCAAAGACGAUGCGAAGGCAUCGAAAAAGACGGGUACGACUACGAGAGCCCCGAGACGCCGAGCGAAUAAAAAGGAGUCAAAUGAGAAGGUCAAACUGCCUAGGGUCAGAGCCACCAAGGCGAGAGCAACAGUCCGCGUCCGAAAACCGGCCCAGAAGAAUGAGAAGACCGAGGCAAAGGCUACUCCUGGUCAGUUGACGCGUCCCUCGGAGAAGACCAAGGCCAGGAUCCUCGCCACGGUGAAAGGAGCGAACGCGCGAAAGCGCACCACGACUAAUAAGAGUCCUGCUAAACAGUCUCCCCGGGCUAAUGCCUCGACCCAGCGUGCGAGAACUACAUCCAGGUCCCCCAGAAAGCCCAAGGCUUAA